AUCUCUAUCACCAGUUUGUGGUAGCUUUCUGCCUCACAAAAUCGCAAAUAUUUUUCUUUAACGAUGUUUACACCACAAUCAUUAACCCACCAAUCCAAUCCAUGGCGUUAUCUUCUUCUGUAUCUCUCUCCAAUUCUUCACUUGCUAAUGAAUCAAUCAGAAUUUCCCCAAUUUUUUUCUCUUCUUCAUCAUCCAGUGUUCAAUUCCCAACAAAACCCACUUCCCAAAACCUCUCAAACAAGCCUCUAACUCGGCAAUGCAGCAGCAAGAGAAGUACCAAAACCAAAGUAUCUUUUUUUCCUGCAUUCUUGACCAAAAGCAAAGAUGCUAAAACUCUCAAACUUGAACUUCUUGAGGCCAUUCAAUCCCUUGACAGGGGAGCUGAUGCCACCCCUGAAGAUCAACAGAGAAUUGAUCAGCUAACUUGCAAGCUCGAAGCGGUGAAUCGGACGAAAGAGCCACUAAAGUCUGAUUUACUGAAUGGGAAAUGGGAGCUCAUUUACACUACCUCAAAAUCAAUCUUACAGACUCAGAGACCUAAAUUCUUAAGAUCAAGAGUCAACUACCAAGCAAUCAAUGCGGACACACUACGGGCACAGAAUAUGGAGACUGGUCCUUUUUUCAACCAGGUCACAGCAGAUCUCACUCCCGUCAAUUCAAGAAAAGUAGCUGUGAAAUUUGAUUAUUUCAAAAUAGGAGGGCUGAUACCUGUUAAGGCACCAGAUUCUGCGCGUGGUUCAUUGGAAAUCACUUACUUAGAUGAAGAUUUACGGGUAUCAAGAGGAGACAAAGGAAACUUGUUCAUCUUAAAAAUGGUUGAUCGAUCAUACAGAAUUCCAAAUUAACGAUCAAAUCUAUGAACAUCAACUGAUCAUGUGUCCUCUCUUCUAUGAGGACAUAUUCAAGAAGCCAAUGCUCUGGAGCAAUACAUGAGUUUUGAUUCUUCUUCUUUAUUUUUAUUUUUUUAUACACAAAUUAUAUCAGAAACUGUUACUGUAAUAUCAGUACAUUGGUACAUUACACUCUUAUAGGCUUGUAUAGUACAAAAUGUGAGUGUUGUAUACUUGUACUUCUAAAUUGUCUAACCUGAAAUUCAAUGACUAAUUGUUUUUUCAGUA